AUGCGGGGAGCGCAGGCCACCUCGCCCUGCGUCCGCGUAUGUGCGCGAUCUGUAGUGCGCUCCGCGCCCGGCCGUCGCGUCGCGGGGCCGUCAAGCGGCCGGGUCGCACCAUGGCUUGCCACCGGGGAGCCGCAGCAUUGGAGGGUCGACGUUCAGCGCGCCGGGGCGCUGGCGAGGUUCCAGGAGGGCGGCCAGGGCAGGCCCCUGUACGAUGAGGACGCGUCGGUGCAGGACAGGCCCUCGACGGCGAAGCUGCUCGCACAGGUCGCGACGGUCGCCGCGUCCGCCAUCACGGACCCGGUGAUGACUCUGAUCGACUCGGCCUUCGUCGGGCACCUCGGCAUCGCGGAGCUCGCGGCGAUGGGCCCCAACUGCACCCUCUUCAACAUGGUAUCAGCGUUCGCGUCCACGGCGCUCCUCGCUGCGUCGGUCGGCCUCGUCGGGAGGUCCCUCGGCCGGAUCAUCCCCGGCACCGCCGCUGCGUCCCUCGGCAGCCAGGACGGCGACGCGGCCCCCGCGGACGCCGCGGACGACGACGAGCUGCCCGUGGGCCGUGCGGUCGCAACGACUGUCUGCGCCGCGCUGUGCGUCGGCCUACUCGCGACGGGGAUUCUGAUCAGCUCGCCGGAGCGCUGGCUGCGCCUCGCCGGCGCCGACCCGGCCAUUAUGCACCACGCGUCCGCCUACCUCACCAUCCGCGCAGCCUGCAUCGUCCCGGGGAUGCUGGCGGUCGCAGUGAAGGCGUCCUACACCGCCGCGCUGGACCUCAAGACGCCCCUCAGGGCGAUCCUCGUCGCGGGCGCCGUCAACGCAGUCCUCGACCCCCUGCUGAUUUACGGCGCCGGGUGGGGAGUGGCUGGCGCCGCGGUGGCAACGGUGGCCGCGGAGCUCGCGCACCUCGCGGCGCUGUCGCACUUCCUCUUCGGGCGGGACCGGAAGCGGUUCGGGCUCGACGCUGCGCCCGCGGCGCUCGUCCCGCGCCGGGCGGACAUGCUGCCAUUCCUGCGCGAUACUGCAGUCCUGGCGGUGCGCGCAGUGAACGUCAUCGUCGUGUGGGCGGCCACGAGCGUCGCGGCGGCGCACAUGGGCGUCCUGCACACCGCCGCGCACCAGGUCGUGCUGUGCUUCCAGCAGUUCCAGGCCAUCGCGAUGGGCGCGUUCACGACGGUGACGACAGCAGUGUGCGCGCGCGCCGUCACGACGCGCGGCGGCGAGGCCGCAGCGGUCCGCGCGGCGCGGCCGCUGAUGACUGCGGCGGCGGCCACGGCGGCGGCGCUGAGCGCGGCGACGUGGGUCGUGCGCGGCAGCAUGGUGAGCCUGGUGACGUCGUCGGGGGCGGUGGCGGCGAUGGCGUCGGAGGCGACCGGGCCGAUGUGCGCGAUGCUGGCGCUGAUGUGGUUCAAGGCGACGGAGGGCGCGCUGGUGGGCGUCGGCGACGCGAGCGCGAUGAGCGGCGCCUUCAUCCCGGCGGCCGCGGCGUGCCUGCUGGGCGUGCGCGAGACGGUGGCACAGGGGUGGGGCCUGCCGGGGCUGUGGGGGUCCCUGAUGAUGUACUACGCGGUCCUGGCGGUCGUGCUGCAGAUGCGGUGGUCCCUGCGGUGGGCCCCCGCGGCCCGCAAGGUGCCGCAGGCCGCCUGA